GCUGUUAUGGCUCCACGUGUUGAGUGCGUGUGGCAGAAUCCCUCUGCCCGUUAGCCUGCCUUUUGAUACUCUGCCGGCUGCAGGCCGCGUGGGAAGGACUCGGGGACACCGGGAAGCCGCGCUGUGGUGAUGUGACUCUACAGCAAACCUGGGUGUGACCAGCAGAAGUACUGUUCCAUCCCGCUGUGGCUCUGCACCGAAUUCCAGGGCAGCCUCACAGUCCAUGUGAUGAGUGCCUCUGGAUGGACAGUCAGUGAGGACCGAGCGUGAAGCAGAAAGUGGGAACCUCAGCCCCGUGUGGGCUGUGGAGGAGCAGAGCUGAGCUGGAUCGUGCCGUGAGCCUCCCUCUUCCUCCUGGAAUCCACGUCUGAUGAUGCAGGAGGCAGUGACCUUCGAGGACGUGGCUGUGAGCUUCACCAGGGAGGAGUGGGCUUUGCUGCAUCCUUCCCAGAAGAAGCUCUACAGAGCUGUGAUGCUGGAAACCUUCAGGAACCUGGCUGCCGUAGGAAGGAUUUCAGAUGUCCAGCAACUUUGAAGAUGAAUACAGAAAUUACAGGAGUCAUCUGAGAAGUGAAGAGGUGGAGCAAGUCUGUCAACCUAAAUUCUUGUAUCAACUUGGAGAAAUGGUUUCUCUGACUCCAGAUGCACAUGAGCACAUGACAGCUGUUGGCAUAAACCCAGGUGAAAGUGUUUCCUCUAGAAGGCCCCUGGUGGGUCGUCCAUCAGCAGAGGGGCCCAUCACGGGCAACACUGCACUCAAACCAUCUGAGCAGCAUGGAUUUCAGGAGCAGCUGUUUACCUGUGACAAUCAUAGGAAAGCCCGCACAAAUCUCCACUCUUCUCUGAAAUAUGCAAAGACAAGUCCUGGAGAGAAGCCCCAUGAACGUGUGCCCUGUGCCAACUCCUGGCCUGGUGGCAUUGAAGUCAGUACCAAAGAAGAGAAGCCAGAGAGCAAAUCAGUCAUGACACACAAUGAUGCUCAGCCGUGGGAACUCAGCCUCAGUGAACUGAACAUACCCUUGGGAGAAAGUUUUAAUUCUCACCGAGAUAGUAAGACACCAGCUCACUCUGGAGAAAAAUCCCAGGUACAUGAACAGUGUGGAAAAUCCCCCACUGCCGAUUCAAAGGGUCAUCAUAAAAGAAGCCACACUGGGGAGAAACACUAUGUAUGUAAGAAAUGUGGGAAAAGUUUCAGCACACCUAGUAACCGACAAAUACAUGAAAGAAUUCACACUGGGGAGAAACCCUAUGCAUGUAAGCAAUGUGGAAAAGCAUUCAGAACGAGAGGUAUUUGUCAAACCCAUGAACGGACUCACACUGGAGAGAAACCCUAUGUGUGUAAACAAUGUGGGAAAGCUUUCAGAACUAGUAGUGUUUGUCAAAGGCAUGAAUGGACUCACACAGGGAAGAAACUCUUUGCGUGUAAGCAAUGUGGCAAAACUCUUAGCAGCAAAUAUACUUGGCGAAUGCAUGAAUGGACUCACGUUGAAGAGAAACCCUAUGUGUGUAAACAGUGUGGGAAAUCUUUCAGCAAACACAGUAAAUGUAAAAUACAUGAACAGACUCACACUGGGGAGAAACCUUAUGUGUGUAAGCAAUGUGGGAAAGCUUUCAGCAGACUGUAUUAUCUUCAAGCACAUGAAAGAAUCCACAGUGGAGAGAAACCCUAUGUAUGUAAGCAGUGUGAGAAAGCUUUCAGCACACGUGGUGGUUGUCAAAAGCAUGAACACACUCACUCUGGGGAGAAGCCUUUUGUAUGUAAGCAUUGUGGGAAGGCUUUUAGCAGACAGUAUUAUCUUCGAGCACAUGAAAGAAUCCACAGUACAGAGAAACCUUGUACAUGUAAGCAAUGUGGGAAAGGCUUCAGCACACGUGCUAUUUGUCAGAAGCAUGAACAGAGUCACACUGGGGAGAAACCCUAUGUAUGUAAGCAGUGUGGGAAAGGUUUCUGCACCUACAGAUAUUUUCAAAUACAUGAAAAAGCCCACAAUGGUGAGAAACCCUAUGUAUGUAAGCACUGUGGGAAAGCUUUCAGCACGAGUGCUGUUUGUAAAAACCAUGAACAGAUUCACACUGGGGAGAAACCCUAUGUAUGUAACCAGUGUGGGAAAGCUUUCAUCACACGUCGUAAGUGUCAAAUACAUGAAAGAAUUCACACUGGAGAGAAGCCUUAUUCAUGUAAGCAGUGUGGAAAAGCUUUCAGAACAAGUGAUAUUUGUAAAACUCAUGAACGAACUCACACUAGGGAGAAACCCUAUAUCUGUAAGCAAUGUGGGAAAGGUUUCUGCACCCGCAGUUAUUGUCAAAUACAUGAAAGGAAACACAGUGGGGAGAAGCCGUAUGUGUGUAAGCAGUGUGGGAAAGCUUUCAGCACAAAUGCUCUCUGUAAAAAUCAUGAACGGAUUCACACUGGGGAGAAGCCCUAUUCAUGUAAGCACUGUGGAAAAGCUUUCAGAACAAGUGAUAUUUGUAAAACUCAUGAACGAACUCACACUGGAGAGAAACCUUUUGUAUGUAAGCACUGUGGGAAAGCUUUCAACACAAAUGCUCUUUGUAAAAACCACGAGCGGAUUCACACUGGGGAGAAACCCUAUGUAUGUAAACAGUGUGGGAAAGCUUUCAUCACACAUCCUAGGUGUCAAAUACAUGAAAGAAUUCACACUGGGGAGAAGCCCUAUGUAUGUAAACAGUGUGGGAAGGCUUUCAGAACAAACGAUAUUUGUAGAACUCAUGAACGAACUCACAGUGGGGAGAAACCUUUUGCAUGUAAGGAUUGUGGGAAAGCUUUCAGAACAAGAGGUAUUUGUCAAAAUCAUGAACGGACUCACACUGGAGAGAAACCCUAUGUAUGCAAGCAAUGUGGAAAGGCUUUCAGCACAAGUGGUAUCUGUCAAAGGCAUGAACUGACUCACUCUGGGAAGAGACCCUUUGCAUGUAAGCAGUGAGGCAAAGCUUUCAGCAUUUAAGAUGGUUAGUGAGUGCAUGAACAGGUUGACGCUGGGGAGAAACCCUAUGUAUAUGUAAGCCAUGUGGGAAAGCUUUCAGCACACAGAGUAAAUGUACAAGAAGGGACUCACAUUGGGUUGGAAACCUAUUUGUAUGCAGUGUGCAGAAGCUUUUAGCAAUAUUGUCUUCAAGAGCAUGAAAGGACUCACAGUUUAGAGAAACUUCAUGUAAACAGUGUGGGAAAGCCUUUGUCAGAUUCAAAAAUUGUGCAACAAAUGGACAGUCUCACUCUGGGGAGAAGCCCUUUGUAUGUAAAUAUAGAAAGCUUUUAGCA